UGUCAUUUCGUAUCGUACAAUUCCUUUGUUGUGGGAUCAUUUACCCGCGAGGGGUAAUGAGAAGAAUUAUAAAAUGGAUUGCAAACUAUGCCUAGAUCUCGGAUAAAUGGAAAUUUUAUUGAUAAAACCUCUUCAAUUGUAGCCAAUAUCUUAUUACGAAUAAUUCCGACAACUUCGGGAGAAAAAGAGGCAUUUACCUAUUACAGAGAUGGGAUGUCAGCUCAAUCUGAAGGAAAUUAUGCGGAAGCUUUACAGAAUUAUUAUGAAGCUAUGCGACCAGAAAUUGAUCCCUACGAUCGAAGUUAUAUACUCUAUAAUAUAGGCCUUAUACACACAAGUAACGGAGAACAUACGAAGGCUUUGGAAUAUUAUUUCCGAGCACUAGAACGAAAUCCAUUCUUACCACAAGCUUCUAAUAAUAUGGCCGUGAUCUGCCAUUACGUAGGCCAUUCGACAGGAGAUUCAGAAAUUGCGGGCUGGUUCGAUCAAGCUGCUGAGUAUUGGAAACAAGCCAUAGCGCUUACUCCAGGUAAUUAUAUUGAAGCACAGAAUUGGUUGAAGAUCACAGGGCGGUUCGAAUAA